UUCCCCCGAGACUUUUUAAAUUAUCAUAAUCACCACCUUUGUCUCCAUAGAAAGAUAUCUCAAAGAAAAUUACUUCUUACAUUCUCAGCAACAUCCUUUGCAACUCUAAGAUGGAUUUCAGGGUGAUGGGUUUGGAUUCUCCGAUGUUCCACACUCUACACCAUAUGAUGGACCUGCCGGACGACACUGCUUCCGACAAGACAUUCAAUGCUCCGACACGAACAUACGUUCGAGAUGCUAAGGCAAUGGCUGCAACUCCUGCGGAUGUGAAGGUAUAUCCGAACUCUUACGUGUUCGUGAUUGACAUGCCAGGGUUGAAAUCUGGGGAUAUAAAGGUUCAGGUGGAAGAUGACAAUAUGCUUAUGAUAUGUGGAGAGAGGAAGAGAGAGGAAGAGAAAGACGGGGCCAAGUAUCUGAGGAUGGAAAGAAGGGUUGGCAAGUUUAUGCGCAAGUUUGUUCUCCCCGAGAAUGCCAACACUGAUGCUAUCUCCGCCGUGUGCCAAGACGGUGUUCUCAGUGUUACGGUGGAGAAAUUGCCUCCUCCGGAGCCUAAGAAGCCAAAGACUAUUGAGGUUAAGCUUGCUUGAAGUUUCGUGUGAAUGCUCAAGGACCAAACCAGUGUUUGAAUAAUGUAAUGUGAAAAGGGUAUCUGUUUGAAGCAGAGUGGUAGUUGUUGUAAGCUUUUUUUUUUUUUUUUUUGGUCAUGUGUUUGUAUUGCAGUGGAUCUGUUUCUUUUGUUGUGAUUUGUGAUGUGGUAAUAUGAUAUGAUGUAUUGUUCGA